GUUGCCUCCACCCUUUCAGCCCUUAAACAGGGGGGCUCACUGCGACCACCCCAUCACGUGGCUGCUCCUCUGCAAAGCCAGCGAUGCUGAGGCUGCGCUCAGAGAUGAGGAGUUGCUGCUCCUGCGCGUAAAGGAAGAGAAAGUUAUGGCAGGGGCAUCCUCUUCGGAGCACAGCACAGCGUCCCGCAUUAGUUUGUGCCACAGUCCCGCACCGGGAGCGCGCAUCGCCUUUCAGACACGCGAGAAAUCCCCGUCACGCAGCCAGGCAGAUCAAUCUUAGUGAGGGGGGAAAAUUGGUUGGAAGUUAAGUGAGUCGGCGACGACAGGGGAGGGAAACUACAGAAGUGAGUGAGGGGCGCAAUGUAAGAGGCCUGCCAAGGAAAGAUAACCGACCCGCAGAUACGCACGGUGUGAAGCUGAUCUGGUUGCAGCCAUAGUUCCAAGUGCUCUUCACUAACCCUUAGAAUGACACUAUAGGACUUCUGAAUCCUUUCUUCACCUGCAGUGCCUUCAGGGAUUAUACAAAGACAGCAUUACAGUGAAAUCAAGGCCAUCAUGAAUCUGUUUGGGAGAGAUGCAAUGAACACAAAGAAGAAGGGGAAAGAAAUACAGUACGAGGACCCUCCAGAUGGAGGCUGGGGCUGGAUGGUGGUUCUCCACUGCUUCCUGGUAAAUGUCCUUGUGAUGGGAACGCUAAAAAGUUUUGGGAUCUUCUUUGUGGCCUUCCAAGAUGAGUUUGGAGGCUCAGCAGAGAGCAUCAGCUGGAUAGGUUCCAUCAUGUCUAGUUUACGUCUGUCUGGAGCACCCAUCGCCUCUGUGGCCUGUGCUAAGCUGGGACCGAGGGUGACCUCAAUCUCUGGGGCAGUGCUAGUUAGUGGAGGCUUCAUCAUAAGCAUCUUUGCCAGCAGUGUGGUAUACCUUUACAUCAGCAUGGGAGUUGUAGUUGGAAUGGGAUUUGCACUACUAUAUCAAUCAUUUUCAGUGAUAACAGCGCUGUACUUCAGAAAACGGCUGGCAACCGCAUAUGCCAUUGGCCGAUCUGGAAUGGGUUUGACCUUCGCCUUGGCUCCAUUCACCCAGCUGCUUCUGGACCAGUAUGCUUGGCAAGGUGCAAUGCUGAUUCUCGGAGGCCUCAUGCUGAACUUAGUAGCCUCUGGCAUGCUUCUGAGACCCAUCAAUGUGAAGCCCCCUGUUUCAAACUCCACUUCUUUGCCCAUCCAAAAGAGCCCGGCAAUUUCCCUAAAGAGCUCCACGGAGAAGGAAUAUCCAAAAAGCUGCAUGAGUAGAUCUCCUGCGUUAUCCAAUGGUGUCUCCAAAUCAGACUCUCUCUUAUCAAACAGUGACGAUGAAAAAUUGAGAGGACAAUGUGUUGAUGGACAAGGGAGCCAGUCAAUGAACCCUGAAUUGACUAGACUAGUCCUCAGUAACACAAAUGGUCACGACCCCCAACAGGACUCUGGUCAGUGUAAGCCUGCAACCCCAGACAGCCCAGCUGAGAUGAAUGGCAGCAUGACUCGGCCUACCACCAUUGGAGUUCCCUUACAGCCCAGUGUGCCUACAGAGGUUGCAGCCACAAAAGGCAAAGUGUUGGAUUUCACCUUGCUGAAGGACCCAUUCUUCUGCAUCUACACUUGGUCCUUGGUGUUCAGUCAACUGGCCUACUUCAUCCCGUACUUCCAUCUCUCUGCCAGGGCCAGAAAUCUGGGAAUUGAUGCCAUGGAUGCUUCCUUCAUUAUAUCUGUAGCAGGUAUCACAGAGACCAUUGCCCAGUUGGCGUCGGGUUGGGUGACAGACAGAAACCUGUUUCAUAAAUAUCACUUCCACAAAGCCUACCUGAUCCUCUGUGGCCUGGUCAAUAUGCUCUCCCCAUUGGCCACCUCCUAUAUACUACUGAUGGUGUAUGCUGUCUUCUUUGCUAUCUUCUGUGGGGGCUACAUGGCUCUGCUGCUACCUGUUCUGGUCGAUCUUGUUGGGUCAGAGAAACUCAAUAACUCCAUGGGUUUCUCCAUGUUCUUUGUUGGCUUGGGUUGCCUCACUGGGCCUCCACUAGCAGGGUUUCUAUAUGACUACACACAGACGUAUGACUGUUCUUUCUACCUGGCGGGCCUCUGCUACCUACUUUCCUCCCUCUCCUUGUUCAUGGAGCCACUUGCUCAGCGCUGGAAGGCCAAGAAAAAGCUUUCUCAGAACCAGAGAGCAGAAAGCAGCUGUAAGAUUAAUGGCUGCUUCACCCCUGACAACCUGCAGAAUGGCGCUGUGUAAGACUCCGGAAGCACAGACCUGUGUUGGCUGGACCCUGAACUCUCACCUGAAGCCAGGACCUGGACCAUUACGUUCAGCAAACACCUGAUACCAGCAUCACAGUGACACAAGAACAUACAAUAGUCUGAAUAUUUGAUUAUACAGAACUUAUAAAAAGCCAAAAGUCUUGUGUUCUGCAAAAGUUUUAUUAUCAGAGUCACAAACAUCCCAUCUGAAGGUAAUCCAGCACACAAAGGAACAAUAAAUCCUACUUCCCGAUGCACCAAUAAACUAAACACUGCAGAGUGAGGAACCAAGCCUACAUCAUGACUCUAAGGAUUGUUUUUCUUCCAUCAAUAGAAGCUCAUAUCCAGGAGGAGAUGUGCUGCAUCUGGUGUGUUAAGUAGCAUUUAUCUGUAUGUAAAAUCCCGUUCUCACUGACACGCACUUUGGGCCAAGGUAUGGUUAUGCUGCAUGACUUCAAACUGCCAAUGAGCCAAAAUACUCAGCAUCCCCUCCACUGUAUCCUGCUCCUACUGUAUGUCCCACUGAUUUAUUGUGCAUGAAGCCAAAUAAAAGCACAUAGGAGGAUAAAUUCUAGGAGAUCAUUGUAGACAAAUGCUAACAUUUAAUUUAAGCACAGGAGGAUCUGUGCAUAUUUAUGUGUUGAACAGUAAUUCUCUACAGACUUUGUAGGCAAACCUUUUUUUCUGAAUCCCCAUUUAAUGGAAGAUUGUUUAAGUUUUUUCACUCUGUUACCAAACAUUUUCUGCUCCUUUUUAACCAGAUCACGCACAUUUAUUCUUCCCUCCACCGGCUUAUAUUUUUUGAAAUUAUAUUUAAAGUCUAAUGUUUAGGAAGGCAGAAUAUUUGUUUCAUAAAUUCAACCUGUUGUGCAGCUGGAGUUUCCCUUCAGAAUCUCUGCCACUUUUCACACAUAACUCCCACUUUAUGCUUUUGUAUAAAGUUAUCACCCACGAACUCUUCACGUGUUCAUAGAUGCUGCAGCUGCUGCUCACUUUCAUCCUCUAUUUUUAAACCGACACUAAGUCUGUCUCAGCAUAAAAAGGUCAGCAAGACCUCACACCUAAACGGGCUUUGAUCCCGCAGUAGCUAUUAAACUGGUUUUAACAGACACAGUAGUGUAAUAAAUAACACUUAUGCAAUACUUAGAGUGCAUUCACACUGCGGUCGGAAUUUAAUUCACUUUAAUCAUUCACAGUUUAACUGUCAGCUUUGGGCUGUAAAUGAUAAUUAUGACCUUUGAGUCUUUUGCACAUUAGCUAUUUUAACUACUUUUACAGGGUGGUGGCAGCGCCUCAACGGAUUUCAUCAUCUCAGUGUCUCUCAUUGCUCAUAGUAAUAGAUUUGAGUAAAAUUUAUUAAAAUAAGAAAAUAGAGAAAUCUUAAAUUUUUUUCAAAUAUUUGUUCUCUACAGUGCCUUGCAAAAUGAAAAAAAAUCUUUUUGGAACACAACAAGCAGAAACUUCCACAUAUUUCAUAGAGUCUGAUGUGAUAGAAAAGCACCAAGUAGACCGUGACUGUGAAGUGGAAGAUUACAAAUCUAGACGUAAGGCACGUUUAUUUUCAUUUUGGAAAUCAUGGGUGUGUCUCUACCAUCUUUGCACAAACAGAGAAGAAAUUUUCCCUUUAACAAAUCUCUAACAGGAUCAGAUUAGUAGUAAAUAUGUGAAACCCAUAUUUAGAUCUCAGCCACCCUAACACAUUUACAGUUCAUGCUUUAGUCCAAUAAUUUCAGACACAAUUGUUUCACUGUAGCCCUUUUAAAUAUCUCUGGGGUUUUUUUGUUUUGUUUUUUUGCUGCCUUUUAACUUUUUUCCCUCCCAGUUUGCUGUUUGGCAUCUUAUCAUCCACUCUCCACUUUUUAAUGCUACCAACAGUGUGUUGCACAGUAGUCUUUGAAUGUAUAGGAAUUUUGACUCGAAGAGCUUCUCCUUAGAUCCCAAAAAGUUACCUCACCUGAGGAUCUCUACUGCUCAUCUAUUUUCUUCUUGCCUAAGCAGCCUGUUUCUAUGCAAGCAAAACCAGGUUCAAAACUUUUUAGUCCUUCUAAAGUGGCAGAUAAUACUUUUCAAUGAUUAACAAAAAAGUGAACAGUGUUGUUUUAUUUAUAAAACAAUAAAAUAUUGAUCUUAGCAGGUUUUCAGGUAUUUUCAGACAAUGUAUUGAAAGUACAAAACGAAAUUGCACUGAUUGUACAAGAAAUACAUUUUUUGUCAUUCAUUUUGUUUGUCAUUAGAACACAAACCCUAUGCUAUUUAAACAUUUGCCAUAAAUAUUUUUACAAUAGGCAAAUGUGUCAUGUCACUGUCAAAAUGAAAAAGUUUUUGCUUUUUAAAAAUCCACCACAGAAAAACAUUAUUUGCAGUACUCUAAAUGUCUGGAUGUUGAAUUGUAGAGUUUUAUGAGAUGUAGAAGCUUGGAAUGUCUUCAUGAUGCUGUUUGUUCAGCAUUGCUCUAAAACCUCUGCGGCCUUUAUAAAACAGCUCCAUUUAUACUUAAAGAUACAUACAGACUAACUAAACUGACCAAUCAGAUUACUUUUUAUGGCUAUCAGUAGCAUUAGAUUCUAUUUAGGGAAUGUUAUAGUAAACAAGUGGACAUAGGAACAUUUAUUCCAAUUUCAUUUAUUUGUUAAAAUAUUAAAAAUCAUGUAUCGGUUUUCAUUCUCUUUACAGUUAUGCACUACUUGGUGUUUCCUAUCAAAAAUAAUCCAAGUCAAACAUUCUAAAGAUGCAUCUGUUGCAUGAUCUAAUAUAGAAGCAUUCAGCACCAUGUUUGAACAUCCUGUGCCUGCAAGCAGCUGCAAAAGAAUGUGUCAUACUUCAGUAUCAGAGCCUCACAUGUCACUUUUUGAUUGCUACAACUAUAUUUUGUUGGCUACGAACUGAAAACAUGAUUGUUUUUGGCAUGUCAUUUUACUGCUGUGCACCUACAGAUGAGAGGAUCCUCACGCCUGGCUGAUCUAUGCAACUACACACUCGUUUACUGUCCUUUAAACAGAGGUACACACCUUUUUUUGCUGCAAAUCCACCAGUUCUUUGGAGAACACACCUAUGUGCUUUUCUGCAAGUUAUGGUCACAGCUGAAUUUAGAGAUGGUGGAGUUAAAUUAGUCUUCUCUCAAACUUAUGUGAUUUUUUUUUAUCAGUCGUUUGUCUAUAAAUCUGUGACCAACAGAAGUGAUUAUGUGAUCUUCCCCACUUGGCCUAACCGAAAUGGGAUUUUUUUUUUCUUUGUUGUUUUUCUGUCACCCAAACUUUUUAGAGUCGGCGGUUGCAAACUUACAGUGUCAUUUUGUUUAAAUAUGAGAGUCUGUUGGUUCUUGAAUCUUUUUUUAUAUAUAUAUUUUGGUGGGUGGACGUGAAAGGGGUUGUGUUUUUAGUGAGUUCCUUGUUUUUUCACCAUUUGCCUUACAGGGUAAUGUAUCUUUUACUAACUUUCCUGUAAUUUCAGCCAAAGAUCACCUUAGAAAACCUAUUUACGACUUGAAGCUUACAUUUGGACAAAAAUAAAAUGAUAUGGACUGUGACUAUCAUUUUAAUUGGUCUGAACAGCUGAUGUGUUUUCUCGUGCUGCCCUCUUGUGGAAUAAGAAGGCUCCUGCUCCAAGAAUGUUGCCUCAAUUAGCACCAAAUUAUUCCCCCUCAACUCGCUUUCACAAUACUGAGCAAGGCUCUUUGUAUUGUUUCCAGGACGAGUCAUGCACUAAGGCUCUUUUGGCUCACGAGUUGCUUUCACUCUCAGCUGUUUGGCUUUAGUGAUUUGGGGCUAAAGUAGAUUUUGUACCACAGAAGAA